AAUUCAAAGUUGUCACAAUCAGUUGAAAGCAAAGUGUCGUGGCGUCGAGACGUUGCGCUGUGGCUCUCUGUUGAUUUUUCCCUUUGAACGCCUUCCCUGUGGUGCGGGAAACCCUUUCCGAGACUCCCAGCUACCUACCUGAGUGCACCAUCCCGGUGAGAAUGAUUUCCGUGGCACGGAAAGAGUGAAUUGGAAGGAAGGAAGAAUAGCUCGCGAGGGAUUUCACUUUAUUUUGUCGUGAAAUCAAUUACAGAAGUCCCGUUAUCGGCUAUCAUCAACAGGGAAUUAUAAUAAGUUAAUAAUAUUACACGGAAGACCAAUACAAGACAGACCUACGGGCAGGAUAACGACACAGGGACGCGCGACAUGGCAGCUACGAAUUUGUUGGAGCUUCAGGCUUGGCUGAUGUACCAAAAAGUCACGGUCGAGUGCGCAAAUUGCCUCUAGAAUCAUCGUCAAUUUUAUCCAGGCCUCUUUACGCACACACAAAUUGAUGAUCUGAGUUGUGGCACGUUUUCAAUUUAAUUUGCAUUCUGUUUGCAUCUUUAGUUUGGUUUUUUACUUGUACCCCCAUACCUCCCAGUGUGUCAGAUGAUCACAGUCAUGAGUGAUUCAGCGUCGGCAUUUCGUGCCCGAGACAUUGGUCUCCGUGCACAGAAGAAAAUUCUCUCGAGAAUGGCAAAUAAGAGUAUUGCAAAAUCCUUCAUUGACGACACAACUGCCUCACUGUUGGAUAACAUCUAUCGUCUUGCAAAGUUGCAUUCCGAUAAGAAGCAAGCUGAGAAACUUGUGAAGAAUAUCAUCAAGAUUGUGAUUAAAAUAGGCGUCCUUAUUCGCAAUGAAGAAUUCAAUGAUGCCGAAUUGCAGACAGCUGAGAAGUUUCGCAAGAAAUUUCAGGUUACUCAAAUGGCUAUAAUUUCCUUCCAUGAAGUGGAUUUUAGCUUCGACAUAAACUACCUACAGAAAGCCCUGGCGGAAUGUCAAUACCUCCUCAAAUCCAUUAUCAAGAGGCACCUAACGGAGAAGAGUAUUGCGCGGGUGGAUGAGAUUUUCAAGUUUUUCCGCGAUGACAAACUCCUCGAGAUGGCUUUUCGUCCCAAUUCCCCAUACAGCGAUGUUAUGGCGAAUUUAGUGAGUGACUUGAAUAAGUCUCUCGAUGAGGGUGAUUCUAAUUUAUAGAAAUCUUUUUGUUUUUUUUUAUUAAUCUAACUACUCAAACCCAAAGUGGUUUUGUGUGUAUGAGUGUUUUCCUAAUUUGAUUUUUAUUAAUUUUUCUUUUUAGUCUGAUAAGCAAACACGCGAAAAGAAUAGGCAAAUAGGCACAAAAUGAAAGGAAAGAAAAAUGAUUAAUUGAUUCCCACAGCAUAUCGUCACUGAAAUCUUUUUUGAAUUUUAGUAAAGGACAUUAUUUUUGUAGUGUCCUUUGCAAGAAAAUGCACAAUAAUCUAAAGAAGAUGGGAUCAAUAUUAAUAUAUCAUGCCUUUUUAUAAAGAUUCUUAGAAAAAAAAAGACAAAUUAUAAUGCAGCGCUGAUCAAAUUACAACAUUCCACGAUAGGGUGUCUCAAAAUUAUCAAUAUUUUUUUUAUUAUUUUCAAUUAAUUUGAUAGUUUUUUUAAUGAAUUAUCUCCACCACUGAUUUUUGAAUAAAAAGGAAAAAAAAAACAUUUUUGCCGCUAAUUCCGAAACACCCUAAAUUAUUAUCAUUUUCACACCAAAUAUUACUAAAUUUAGUUAUAAUGUUAUUUGUUUGUUUUUUCUCUCUAUUCUAAACAAUUUUUGUUUGAAUAUUAUUAAGAGACUGUUUUUUAAUAUUAAAUUAUUCUUGCCAUAAAAUGUUGACAUUAGGGUUCUCUUUUUUACCCCUUAAUCUUUCUUUUUUAAUGUAUUAAUUAUUGGAAACAAAAGUAUUGUAAGGGUUUUGUUCUCUCUCCUAUAAAUUAAACUCUUUUAAUUAUAUUUUGAAAAAUAAUUGAUUUGUACACUUUACUAAACAUUUUUAUUAGUGUCCAAAAACAUAUCUUAAAUGGACAAUAAAAAAAGAUAUGAUGACAACACUUUCACGACGGAGCAAGAUGCAUGAGAAACAAAAUUAAAUUAAUGUUUUGGUCAAGCAAAAUGCUGAUAUAAGCAUCCGUCCCACAAGUAGAUUUUCAUUGUGUAAAUUAGAGAGAAACAGAGAGAUGAUGUACUUAAAAAGUGGAACAAAUUAAAUAAAAAUAUUGCAAAAGGAAA